AUGGCUCACCAGAUCGACCCUUACCUUACAGAGGCCGAUAUUGUUGUACUUCAGAAUCUUCUCCAGGACAGUGACCGCGACAUCCAGAGCCACUGGAAAUCGCCAAAUGGCAUCCCGACGCCAGAGGCCAUCGAUAAGAUGACCGAAGCAGAGCAAACCAAUCUUCUGGACCAUGACAAGGAGGCCAUCAACCGGUUAAAAGCCUUGAAUGACCCCACCAGCCCGUCCUUCCAGCCUACCAUCUUUGUGUCGUGGGACGAGAAAGAUAUUCCCCAAUGGGUGAACAGGAUCAUCCUCCGUCCAUAUGCAUCAUGGGCAUCCCAGAUCGUCCGGCAUCCCACCGACGUCGUCUUCUUCACCCACAUCCUGAUCUACCUCUUCGUCAUCCUCCCGAGUGCCCUCUACCUCUUCUAUCACUUCACCUACCUCCACGGCAUCCUCCAUGCAGCUUUCACCUUCUGGUGCGCCGGCUCCUACACCCUCAUGCUGCACAAUCACAUUCACAACAAUGGCGUCCUUUCCAAGCAAUGGUACUGGCUCGACUGGACUUUUCCCUACCUUACGGAGCCGCUGAUGGGCCAUACCUGGGACUCUUACUACUACCAUCACGUCAAGCACCACCACGUCGAAGCCAACGGCCCCGACGACCUAUCUUCUACCAUCCGCUACCAACGCGACGAACCCCUCCACUUCUGCCACUACCUCGGCAGAUUCUUCUUCUUCGUCUGGUUCGAGCUCCCCCUCUACUUCUUCCGCAAAGGUAAAAUCGGCUUAGCCGUGCGCUCAGCCCUGUCCGAAACCUUCAGCAUGGCCUUCCUCUCCUACAUGACCGCCCGCGUCAACACCCGCGCCUCCAUCUUCGUCCUCAUCAUCCCCUUCCUUCUCCUCCGCAUAGGCCUCAUGGUUGGUAACUGGGGCCAACACGCCCUCGUAGACGAAGUCGAGCCCGACUCCGACUUCCGCACCAGCAUCACCCUCGUCGACGUCCCGAGCAACCGCUUCUGCUUCAACGACGGCUACCACACCGCCCACCACCUCAACCCGCGCCGCCACUGGCGCGAACAACCCGUGCACUUCCUGCAGUCCAAAGAAGCCUACCGCCAGGGCCGCGCGCUCGUCUUCCACAAUAUCGACUACCUCAUGAUGACGCUCAAACUGCUGCAGAAGGAUUACGGGUAUUUGGCGGAUCGGCUGGUGCCGAUGGGCGAGCAGGUGGGCAUGAGCCGGGCGGAGUUGGCGGAGAUGUUGAGGAGGAAGACCAGGGCUUUUACGGAGGGGGAGAUUGAGAGGAAGUUUAGGGGAAAGGGGAAGUGA